CUCAGCCACAUUUCAACAAAAUGCAACGGAGUCUGUUACAUACGGGAUCCCAGCUGGCGCAUGGGACAUGUUUGGUUUUUUCUCGCACUAACGUCUUUCAGUGCUUAAAAGGACAAUCGGUGUUGUCUCAUGUUGGAUGCAAAGUGAUUUUGGCAGUGGACUCUCCUAAACGAUGUCUUCAUGCAGGUGCAGCACACUUUGCCUCAAAGAAAAGUGCUUUUUCAUCACAGCCAACAGACACUCCUCACAAAGUACCAGAAGAGAGAAAUCCUUUGACUUCAGCCACUGAUAGACCAAAGCAGAGCCCUGUGGAGUCACAUUCUUCAGAUGCUGAUCCAUUACAAGACAAGUCAAUUAGUCUUGUUCAGAGAUUCAAGAAAACUUUUAAACAGUAUGGAAAAGUCAUGAUUCCAGUGCAUCUUCUGACUUCCACUGUAUGGUUUGGCUCCUUUUACUAUGCAGCCAUUAAAGGAGUGAAUGUUGUUCCAUUCCUAGAGUUGAUUGGCUUACCAGACAGCAUAGUGAACAUCCUGAAAAAUUCCCAGAGUGGAAAUGCACUAACUGCAUAUGCAUUGUAUAAAAUUGCAACUCCUGCCAGAUACACUGUGACUCUGGGAGGAACAUCCAUCACUGUUAAAUAUCUGCGUAAGAGUGGCUACAUGUCCACACCACCACCAGUAACGGAAUAUUUACAAGAUAGGAUGGAGGAAACAAAGGAUAAGAUUACAGAGAAGAUGGAAGAAACAAAGGAUAAAAUUACAGAGAAGAUGGAAGAAACAAAAGAUAAAAUCACAGAGAAGAUACAAGAAACCAAAGAUAAAGUUUCCUUUAAAAAAAUAAAGGACUAGGAGAGAUGCUUAAUUUUUUGAUAUAUUGAACUUAGCACUUUAACCCUUUGUGAGGCAGCACAUACAAAGUGCACUUCUGAGCUUUUUUUUUUUUUGG